AUGCUGAGGGCCAGAGGCCUCACCACGGGUCGCCAAUUGUGCUCCUUCCAUCUUUCUCCCUUUCGCCCGUCCCCUCCUCUCAAUAACCCCCCUCUCUCCCAGCAGGGGUCCACGUGCGCCAUGGCGGAGAGCAUGCUGAGGGCCAGUGGCCACACCACGGGGCUCUUCACCUCGCCUCACCUCGUGGACGUCCGAGAGCGCUUCCGCCUCAACGGGGAGAUGGUGCCAGUUGAUACGUUUCUGCAGCACUUCUGGUGGUGCUACGACCGCUGCAAGGAAGCAGCGUCCUCUCCCUCCUCCCCCAUCCCCAUGCCGGCCUACUUCCGCUUCCUCACUCUCCUUGCCCUACGUAUCUUCACGCACACUCAGGUUGACGUGGCAAUUCUGGAGGUUGGAAUUGGAGGACGAUUCGACGCCACUAACAUCGUCAAGCGCCCAGCAGUGUGUGGCGUGUCGUCACUGGGAUUCGACCACAUGGAGCUGCUGGGAAACACCCUGGCUCUGAUAGCUGGCGAGAAGGCUGGGAUAUUUAAGGCAGGAGUGCCGGCAGUGACGGCGCCACAGGAGGAGGAGGCAAUGGAGGUGCUCAGGCAGCGAGCAGCAGAGCUGCAGGUGGCCAGGCCGUGGCAUGAGGUAGCGCCAGGUGUCCGCGUGGGAUUGGCGGGCCGGCACCAGCAGGUGAACGCAUCGCUGGCCGUCUCUCUCUGCCGCCAGUGGGCCAUUCGCAGUGGCAGGGAAGAGGAGGCACGUGCAGUCGAUGAGGCCCUGGCUAAUAAGACACUGCCACUUGCUUACAUCAAAGGGCUAGGGGGUGCCUCCUGGCCGGGCAGGUGCGAAAUUCUGCAGGACUGCCCGGCCGAGCCUGGGCAAGCUGGAAGUGCAGGCGGGCAGCUGACAUUCUUUUUGGACGGUGCCCAUACAGUGGAGAGUAUGGAGGUGUUGCUGUUCAACUGCAUGCCUGAGCGGGACCCUCACACACUUAUGACGCAGCUGCUUAGGACACUUGAGCGCAAAGGUAUGCCUGUCUCUCCAUCGAGCCCUCUUUGUCCCCUCCCUCUCAUCCUACACCGCCCUCCUCCCCUCUCCAUCAUCCUCCGCACCUUCCUCGGCUUACCUCCCCUCAUCCGACUCCACUGUCUUGGCUCCUAA